UUUAAGGCAAACGAACAGGCCCUAAGUCUAUUCAUUAUUAAAAAAAACCCUAACCCUUUAAUCCUUCGAAAUCAAUCGAUCGGAAAUCAUCACCAAUCGAUCAUGGACGCGGCCAUCGGAAAGUUCUUCGACUCCGUCGGCUCCUUCUUCACCGGCGGCGACAACAUCCCCUGGUGCGAUCGCGACAUCAUCGCUGGCUGCGAGAGAGAGGUUGCUGAAAGCGGAAGCACAGAGAGUAAGAACGACAGCCUCAUGAGGUUGUCGUGGGCUCUUGUUCAUUCCCGACAACCAGAAGAUGUGAAUCGUGGAAUAGCCAUGCUUGAAGCCUCAUUGGAUAGUUCCAACAGCCCCCUGCAAAUGAGAGAGAAGCUUUAUCUUUUGGCUGUUGGACAUUAUAGAAAUGGGGACUAUCCAAGAAGUAGACAGCUUUUGGAAAGGUGUUUGGAGGUAGAAUCAAACUAUAUGUUAUCAGUAGUUAAUUCGGAUCGUUUCUACUUGGUUAAUUAAAUCACAUGCAUGUCU